AUGCAAACAGAUGUUAUGAAUCAAUUAUAUCCUUUCCAUGGAACGCUCAAACUUAUCACUCCUGUCACUGACUCAGACUUACAGAAGGCGGAGCCACUUGUAUCUGGACUUCCCGAAGUUCAGCGAAGCAUUCGUUGCAGAUCCAUGAUGAAGGUGGUUUGCGUGUUCCUUGCAAUGUUGCUAGUUAUUGCACUAGCAUCUGAGACAACUACGUUACGAAUCAUUGAAGACAACAUUUCGUACGUGAAACGAGGGAAGAAAUCCAACCAGGUGACGCCAGAGGAGCAUCCCGGAACACAGCAAGUACUUGGAGGAACAACUUGGAAGUCGAUUGAAACUCCGCCUGUUCUUAACAUUUCGAAGGAUGACAAUGUUUCUCGAUCAAGCAUCGAACACGGACUAACUCAACUUCGGGAGAAGGAUAGAAUAGAAAGGGACAUGGCUGCCAAGAACAUGAGUGUCUCUCAUGACUCGCCUACUUUCAUACAUCAGACCCUCUUCAAGAGUUUCAGUCCGCAGUCCAUCACAGCAGCAAGAACAGGCUUCAUGAUAGACUGCGCUACUGAAUUCAUCAUGGAUCGUUUGCAGCUUAAUAAGACCGACAUAACUUUCGACAUCCUCGUCUCGGACCAACUGGCCCAAGAAGAGUUCUGCGAUCAGGACCAAGUUUCGUCCUCUUGCGAGGCCUUCAGCAAGUACAGGUCCUCCAACGGCACCUGUAAUAACUUGGCCAACCCACUGUGGGGAGCCACUUUCAGGCCCUUCCGCCGCGUUGCUCCGCCUGACUAUGGCAACGGAGUGUCGAGCCUCCGCCGUUCCCAGGACGGGCAGCCACUUCCCAGCGCCCGCCGAGUCAGCGCAGCGGUUAACAGCAUCCGGCCAAACGGGGAAUCUUUUCUCCUCUCUGUCCUUCACAUGACCUACGGGCAGUUCCUUGACCAUGACCUGACCUUCACGCCUUUGAAUAAAGGUAUGUAUGGAGAUGCCAUUCCAUGCUGCCCUGACGCCCUGGGAGACCCCACUUUACUCCACCCUGAGUGCGCCGCCAUUUCCAUCCCUGCAGACGACCCUUUCUACUCCAGGUUCAACCAGACGUGCAUGGAGUUCAUCCGCUCGGCUCCCGCGCCACGGUGCCUGUUUGGUCCACGAGAACAAUGAAUGAGAAGACGGCAUAUAUCGACGGCUCUCAGGUCUACG